AUGGACGGGCUCCUCGGAAAGGCUGUCGGCAAGGUGUUGGGCGACGACGACGAGCGGCCCCAGGGCCUACAGCAAGGAGGCGGUAACCUGACCCACGGCGGCGCCUACCCCGCCGGCGGCGGUUACCCACACGACGACGACGACGACCUGCGCGGCGCGGCCUCCAUCGCGGCCAAGGAAGCGCCCGAGAGCCAGGGCUUCUUCGACGACAUCCUGGGCACGCUGCUCAAGGACAAGCCCAAGGCAAAGCUCGAGGAGGAGGACCUCGACGAGGACGACGCAGUCCAAUCCCACCGCAAAUUCUUCGGCCUCGGCGACGCCGCCUCCGCCGCCACCGCCCAACAAGCCCCCGCAUCCAGCUCAUCCCUAGGCAACGCCGCCGCGAUGCAAGCCCUCAAGCUCUUCACCUCAUCCGGGAGCAGCGACUCCUCUGCGGCGGCCCCGCCGCAGAGCCAGAACGCGUUUGUCGGGCUGGCCAUGGCGCAGGCCGCCAAGCUGUUCGACGCCCAGUCCUCGCAGGGCAAUGUCGAGGCGGGCGCGGACAAGCAGAGCGUGGUGCGGAAGGCGGGGGAGAUGGCGUUGAAGAUGUAUCUGAAGAGUAAGGGGGGUGCUGGUGCUGGCGGGGCGGCGGGUGGUGCGGGUGGGGGUGUGGAGGGGUUGCUGGGGUUGGCGGGGAAGUUUAUGAAAUGA